GUUCAAACUGUCAAUGUGUGUGGUCUAAUAAGAGAUGAAGCUGUGGAAAGUAAAUGAGGUGUUUAGUGUACCUGUGGAAAGGGUGCUUUCUAUGGAAACGACCAGACCAGUAGUACUGUAUUAUAUGACACUAAGUAGGCGCGGACGGUUUUGUAGAAGGAGAGAUACGCUAGAAGACUUGUGAUUUGUUAUUUAUGUGGUUUAAAUAUAAGCUACCCUUAAUGAAGGGCUACUUUAAUGGAACCAAGAAAAACUCUUAUCAUGGAAAUUUUAACAUACGUUAGUCUCUCGAUCCUAUUUGUGUUCACGACGUUUAUUUGUGAAAAUGAAGGAACAAAAUUAUAUUCUGGUGCAAAUACUUCGGAGCCACUGAGUACAACACAUCGAUCAGGGAAUUUUUCUCCUGCAGUAUUCAAAGGAAAGGGAGAAACUGAUGGAAAAACAUUCGUUUCCUUAGGUAGUAUAUCAUCAAAUAUGAUAGACUUGUUCCCUCCAGUAGAAUCACUAAUGUCGCAUGCAAAUGGCAAAUCACAGUACUGCCGACGGCCAGCGAAAUGUCAAAAAUUAAACUACACCAGCUGCAUGGGAAUGAAGCUCCCAUAUGAGUGGACGACAUUGGAACUUGUUCCAGAUGUAGACUCACAGGAUUCUGUUCAGGAAAGGCUUCAGGUGUGGCAAAAGUUAAGAUGUCUGCCCAAGUGCUGGUCUGUGAUCCAACCAUUUCUGUGUGCACUUUAUAUGCCAAAAUGUGAGAAUGAAAUGGUGGACCUGCCAUCACAGGAAAUGUGCAAAGUUACAGUAAGCCCCUGCCGAAUUCUAGAUGUGGAAGGUAUCUGGCCAUCAUUUUUGAAAUGUGAUAAUAUGACCAAAUUUCCACCUAUGUGCAAGAAUGAUGUGCGAGAACUGAAAUUUAAUGUCACCGGACAUUGUCAAGAACCUUUGGUACCAACUGAAAAUUCAAAAGCAUUCUAUGAUGGUACUGACGGAUGUGGAAUACAGUGUGAGGAUCCUCUUUUCACAACAGAUGAACAACAACAGAUACAUAACCUGAUUGGCUGGGCUGGCAGCUGUUGCUUAUUUUUGAAUGUAUUCACAGUGGUAACAUUUUUAAUAGAUUGGCGUUCUGCAAACAAGUAUCCUGCUCUAAUAAUAUUUUACAUCAACUGUUGCUUUCUGGUAUCCUGUACUGGAUGGCUUGCACAAUUCACUCCAGGUGCACGCAAGGAUAUUGUAUGCCGUAAAGAUGGGACACUUAGAAUGUCUGAGCCGAGUGCUGGAGAAAACCUGUCAUGUGUAAUAAUCUUUGUGGUGGUUUAUUAUUUCUUAAUGGCAGCUGUGGUGUGGUUCGUCAUUCUUACAUAUGCGUGGCACUUAAGUUUCCAAGCAUUAGGUAAAGUAAAGGAAAAAAUUGAUAAGAAAGGAUCUUAUUUUCAUUUGGUUGCCUGGUCUCUACCAUUAAUUUUAACCAUCACAACAAUGGCUCUUGGUGAAAUUGAUGGUAAUAGUGUCGCUGGAAUAUGCUUUGUUGGUUACUUGAACCAUACUGCAAGAUAUGGUUUGCUUCUUGCUCCACUUUCGGUAGCUGUGGUGGUUGGAGGUUACUUCUUGAGUAGAGGUUUGGUAACUCUCAUAAGGCUGAAAAUUGGGAGCCAUGAUAUAAUUUCUCCAACAGCAAGUGCAAAAAUUAGGGAAACCAUUGUUCGAAUGGGACUUUUUUCCCUCUUCCUUCUUGUACUGGUAUUAGUUACAUUCACCUGCCAUGUCUAUGAAUACAGAAAUCAGGCUAAGUGGAAUUAUAGUUUCAGAAAGUAUAUUGUCUGCAAGAUUAUUGGUGGUGGUUCUGUCAAUAAUGGAAACAAGGACAAGUGUCGAAUGGAGUCCCGUCCGAGCUUAGCAAUAAUGCAACUUCAUGUACUUACUGUGUUUGCUGCUGGAAUAGUAAUGUCAUCAUGGAUCUGGACAGGGUCUACAAUACAUACGUGGAAGAGAUUUCUAAGAAGAGUGCUUAAUAAUGGUUAUGAGGAGCCAGUAAGACUGAAAAAGCAUAAAGUCAUUGCACAAGCCUUUGCAAAACGAAAAGCUCUCAAUAAUGAUGGUCGGCUAUCAUUAAGCUUUCAUAGCACACAUGAAGAUCCAGUGGGCUUGAACUUCGAUGUGAAUAGCAUGGCAUCCCAGGACUUAAGUUCAACAUGGGCUGCUGCUCUUCCCAAACUGAUGACACGACGUGGUGCCUUGAUUGGUGCAACAACUGGAUCCAUGUCAAGUCAGAGAAGAAACUCUUUUGAUUCUGAAAUUAGUUACAGCGUCCGAAAGGUGUCGGUAGAGUCACGUCGCCAUUCGUUGGAUUCACAAGUUUCGGUUCAAAUAGCAGAAGUAACAGCAACUCGGAAAACAAGAGCAACACCACUUCCUACAGUUAAUGUAACAAGAGGACGAACACAUCGCAGUAAGCGACGAAGGAGAGACUUUACUCGAUGCAGAGUUGGAACAAGAAUGGGGCCCCUUGUGGUUAGGAAAGGCAGUUCAUCAUCUCAGGAGAGUCAGCUUGGUGCUCAGAUUUUAACUGCUCUAACAAUUGGUAAUUCUGAUAUAUCAUCAAUGGUCCCCAACCUUAUGAAGCGAAGAGAGGCUAGUGCAGGCCUUGAUGGUUUAAAGCUAAUGCUGCCCUUACCUUCUGCUUUACUAGGGCAGAGCAGUUGUGGAUCUGAAGAAGAUUUAAGUGACUGUAAAAAGUGUGAUGAAAUAGAAUGUGAGGUGCUAGAUGGCGUUCAAAGUGACAAAAAUGAAGCAUUUAAGGACACCAUUGUGGACACCACAGAUGAAACGGAGAAUAAGAAAGACUACAAGUUUAAAGAAAAUGAAGAUGAAGUGCAAGAUAAAAAAGCUUGUUCUUGUGGGUCAGGCAUUGUGAAUAAAGAUAAUGAGUUGUCUACAAAUAAGGAUACUAGUGUUAUAGCAGUUGCCAAUCAAAGCAGUUUCUGUGAUCUCCCCACCACAAUGAGGACAAAAGGUGCUGUUACAAGCUCAUCAUACAAUAAAAAUCAGCUUUACAUGAGUACUAACAUUCCAGAUGAUAUAAAAUUAAGUGAGAUUUCAGAUGACGAUGCAAACUUUUUAGGAGCAUCAUAUGAUGACGCAACAUCGUACUGUCCUGAGUUACAGCGGUUGGCCGGAUCACUUUCUGAUGCAUCUGUGUUCACACACCACACACUGGGUGGUAGUAGGGUAAGGACUGUUGGUGUUGGCCCUUGUACUGUGGGUGGUAAUACUAGGAUACAUGUGAGAAGUCGUGAAGUUGGUACUCAAACAACACCUUCUGAAGAUAUUGGUAUGUGUGAAUUGAACAGCCGUGGUAGUACUUACAGCAGUGGCUCUGGUGUAAAUCAAGGCACUCAGGUAAGCUUUGGUCCACAACGUGAGAAUAGUGUGAAGCCCUACAAGGGCAGUGAAAAACUGGAGAGUCUUACUGGUCUUGCAGCUAAGGGAUUAAACUACAGCUACAACAUGAGCAAACUUGUUGAGGAACUUGCUGAAAUUGCUGCUGGGCAUCCGUUACAAUUAGACCAUAGAAAAACGUGUUGAGUGCAACAUGUUACAUAUUAGGAUGACAUAAAAAUGUUCUGAACAUAUUUCUGAUGUAAAUGGUCAGAAUCCUUUUGUAGCAGAAGUUUUAUUCUGCUGCUUACUGCUGUUAUGGGGCUUCCUUUCACUGCCAAUGCAAAUAGCAUAUUAUUUUGAUACUAUACUUUUUCCUUGUGCCAUAAUCAUACUUUUCAUAUUGAUUUGACUUCUUCUGUAGAAGAAAAUGAAAACACUUUUAUAAAUUUGACAGGCAUUGUGCUUCAGAAAUAUUUUAAAGACGGAUAUAUUUUUCUGUUGUUCUGAAAAGUAAUUUGUACAUAGUUUUUUGUACAGCUCUAUCAUGCCAAUGUAAACUUGUAAUUAGCUCUUAUACAUGAACUGGAGCUCAUAAAAUGUGAUGUGUAAAUAAUGCAUGUCACUAUGCAUAUAAGUAGAUUUAAGAAGACAAAAAAUUCUUAUAUAGAAGCUGUUAUUUAUUUUUGUUAGUGUAUUAUUCAGUGACUGUCAUCUUUCAUCAGGUGAUAGUGUGUUGCUGUUAUGUAGCAGAUUUACAUGCUUACUGAAAAAAAUCUGCUAGAUCUCUUGGUGCCUCUACAUAACAGCUCUGUUCUGGAGCAAGAAACUGCACUAACGGUGUUAUUAUUAAAAUCACCCAAUUAUAUUUGCUGAAUUAAAACUGCAACAUUUCAAAAGA